AUGGACGUUGACCAACGACGUCCAACACAUGCGGCGACCAGUGCGAAUCGUAAACCUCGUUUCAUUAGACCAUCCGAUGAUGAUGUGCUUGCGGAUGAUCGCCAUAAGGGUCCACUGGUACUAGAAGAGCGAGCAGCUGAAUCAAGUGUUGAAGUAGAUCUGGGAUGUUCGAUCGUUUACAACAAUCCCUAUGUACUAUUAUCUAUUCAGCAACAAAGAUCAAGACUACCCAUAUUCAAGAAUCGUAAUCAUAUUUUGUAUCUGCUGGAGAAGUAUCGAACGGUGAUCAUUGUCGGUGAGACAGGAUGCGGGAAAAGCACUCAGAUACCUCAGUACCUCAUGGAAGCGGGUUGGGCAGCAGAUGGNCGUAAAAUUGGUAUCACUGAGCCGAGAAGGAUUGCUGUCGUAACGCUGGCGAAUCGAGUUGCUGAAGAAACGAUGUGCAGUCUUGGAGAGGAUGUUGGCUAUGUGGUUCGUUUCGAUGAUAUGACUGAUGAAAGAACGAAAAUUAAGUAUAUGACCGAUGGCAUCAUUCUUCGAGAACUAAUGUCCGAUCCACUUUUAACUCAAUAUAGUAUAAUAAUGGUUGAUGAGGCGCACGAGCGAUCCAUAAACACGGAUUUGGUUUUGGGUUUACUGAGGAAGAUUCAAUUGAUUCGUAAUGAUCUUCGGGUGAUUGUCUCAUCGGCCACACUAGAUGCUGUUCUGUUUCGUGAUUUUUUCGAAAUGAACGAAACGAACAACUCGAAUCAAGAUACGGCAACGAUCAUAUCGGUUGAGGGACACAUGCAUCCAGUGACUGUUUAUUAUACAAAAAACGGUGUACCCGACUAUAUACAGAAGACAGUUGAUACAGUACUGGAACUGCAUAAGACUGAGACUACUGGUGAUAUAUUGGCAUUUUUGACGGGUCAAGAUGAGGUGGAAUUAGCUUGCAAGCAGUUGAUCGAGUCUACGCGCCAACUGAAAAACGUUGAUAAGUUAUGGGUUGUGCCUAUGUAUGGUGCAUUGCCGGCCAGAGAACAGUUGAAAGCGUUCGACUCAACACCGUAUCGAACCAGAAAAGUUGUUAUCGCCACAAAUAUUGCCGAAGCGUCAGUGACAAUACCCGGAAUUGCAUAUGUGAUCGAUUGUGGAUUCGUGAAGAUGCGUGCCUUGAAUGCAGAGAACGGACUCGAGACCCUAAUGACACUGCCUGUCUCUCGGGCUGCAGCCAACCAACGAGCCGGUCGUGCCGGUCGUGUACGACCCGGCAAAUGCUAUCGUCUCUAUCCACAGAAGGAAUUUGACAAACUAAUGGAAGCAACAGUACCCGAAAUGCAACGAUGCAAUCUAGCGCCUGUGAUACUGCAACUGAAAGCACUUGGAAUUCACAAUGUGCUUCGAUUCAACUACAUAUCUCGACCACCAUCAUUUGCAAUGGUCGAAGGAUUGCAGUUGUUGUACGCGUUAGGCGCGCUCUCGAAAGAUGGCCUCCUAACGAAUCCUGUCGGUAUUCACAUGGCCGAAUUCCCGUUGCCACCGAUGCAUUCGAAAACGCUACUUGCAUCUGGUGAAUUCGGUUGUAGUGAAGAAAUGGCCGCAAUUGUGGCGAUGCUGCAGAUUCAAGAUCUCUUCUUAUUCCCACCGAAAAGUCGUCAUAGAGCGGAAAUUAUGAAACGAAAAUUCUCAGUUGAAGAAGGCGAUCAUUUAACGAUGCUGAACGUUUUCACGAAUUUCAUCGAUAGUGGUCGUUCAAAGCAAUGGUGUAAUCAGCACUUUGUCAACUAUCGUGGUCUAUGUCGUGCGUUAAGUAUUCGUGAUCAAAUGAUUCGACUGCUGAAAAGAUACGAAAUACCAAUUGUUUCGUGUCGGAGUGAAUCUGGUGCAAGCUCAAUGAUACGUCGAUGCCUCGUGAAAGGUUUCUUCUCACAGGCGGCACAAUACCAUAGCAGUGGUGAUUAUGUGACCGUGCGAGAGGAUUACCACUUCAAAGUCUAUAAAGGCUCAGCGCUCAUGUAUCGAAAAGAAUUCCCGAAAUGGUAA